AUGACCACGUCUGACUUGGUGCACGGAGACACCUUGGCUAGGACAAUGGUGAUGUGCAUGCGCAUGGUAUCGCCGUCGGAAAGCCGUGACGUCAGCACCAGCCACGCUGCAGCAGCUACUGUUCGACAGCUGGUGGCUCUAGUUUUUGAAAGAGCUCUUGCUGAGGCUGAAGGUGCCCUCAAAGUGAAUCCAGCUGACGUGAGACCACAAACCAACAGUAAGGCCCCUAAAGAUCUCAAACCGUGUGCUGUUGAUGCUUAUCUAAUAUUACAGGAUAUUAUUCAACUGAUAAACGGUGACUCAGCACACUGGCUGGUCGGUAUAUCAGAUGUGCCAAAAACGUUUGGACUGGAACUACUCGAUACAGUACUCACAGAUUUCUCACCUAUUUUCUUCAAGAUAGCGGAGUUUCGGUUCCUGUUGAAGGAACACGUGUGUGCUCUCAUCAUCAGGCUAUUCUCCCCUAAUGUCAAGUACAGGGCGGCGCUGCCGGCGCUGCACAUCCCGGGCGGGGGCGCGGGCGGCGCGGGCGGGGGGGCGGCCGAGCGGCCACACUUCCCCGUCACCAUGCGACUGCUGCGCCUCGUCUCUGUCAUCGUGCACAAGUACCACGCCGUACUCGUGACAGAGUGCGAGAUAUUCCUAUCUCUCACAAUAAAGUUCCUGGAUCCGGACAAACCCAUGUGGCAGCGAGCUCUGGCGUUAGAAGUACUGCACAAGAUGACCAUACAACCAAAUUUGCUGAAGGCGUUCUGCGAGUGUUACGACAUGAAGCCUCAUGCCACCAACAUAUUCCAAGACAUUGUGAAUGCGCUGGGUGCCUACGUACAGAGCUUGUUCGUCGCCUCCAAUGUCAAUACAGUAGCUGGGUCUGCCGGUAUACCUCAGCAGUCAGGGUUCUACUGGAAGGGGGUCUGGUUACCUCUCUGUGUUACCUUCGAACCUGGGACUGCUAAAUCUGUUUAUAUUGAAAUGCUGGAUCGCAGCGAAGCUCCCGUCAUACAAGAUGGGUAUGGGAUCUCGGUGGCGUACGCUUGUCUCAUGGAGAUCAUACGGUCUAUAGCCAUCAGUGUGGAAGGCAAUGAGUACUUCAGGUUACAAGAGCUAUACGAGGAUAUUCAGAAUGACACAGAAGAGAGAGAGGUCAAUUCUAAUAAGAAUGUCAAUAGCAAAGAUACGGAGAACAAGACGGAUAAAAUAAUAACAAAUAACUCCCACAAUGGAGAAGCCGACCAAAACUCUAAUGUGGUGCAGAAGACAGAAGAUGUGGAAGAUAAAGAGAAACAACUUCGAUUGCAGUUACUAAAAUCGUCAUGGUGCGGUCUUGUCUGGGGCCUGUCAGUGCUCGCCGAGGCGAGUAUAGGCGAGCUCGAGAACAUACUGCGCGCCAUACAAACCCUGGCUAGGGUCAGUGGGAAGGUGGGUCACAGCGUGGGGCGCGACGCGUGCGUGAGCGCGCUGUGCCGGUGCGCGCUGCCGGCGCAGUACGUGGUGCCGGCGCUGGGCGCGCUGGGCGCGCUGCCGUGCCCGUGGCGCCGCGACCCGCCGCCGCCGCCCGACCCGGACUACCGCCACCAGGUCGUCUGGGUCGGCACGCCGCUACCAUCAGCCUCCUUACCUACAGGUCAGCAGCAGUCGUUCGUGAUGGUGACGUCCCGCCACGUGACGGCCAUGAAGGCGCUGCUGUGCGCGGCGCAGCGCGACGGGGACACCAUCCAGCAGGCCUGGCUGCCAGUCCUCACCACGCUGCAGCAUCUGGUUUGGAUCCUGGGUCUGAAACCCUCGACAGGCGGCAGUAUGAAGGCAAGCCGUGCCAGUGCAGACGCCAACGCUGUCAUGAGUACUUCCGCUGUCAUGGCCGACCUUCCGGGUCAGCAAGUUCCAGUGGCAGAGUCGCUAGGAGUUAUGAGUGCGCUUUCAGCAAUGUUGUCCCGUGUGUUCGAGUCUUCGAAGAACUUGGACGAUGUAGCGCUGCAUCACCUGAUUGAUGCGCUGUGCAAGCUUUCGAACGAAGCUAUGGAGUUGGCAUAUUCUAAUAGGGAACCAUCGUUGUUCGCGGUGGCCAAACUUCUAGAGACAGGUUUGGCCAAUAUGCACAGGAUAGAGGUUAUGUGGCGACCUAUCACUAACCAUUUAUUAGAAGUAUGCCAACACCCCCACAUCAGGAUGCGGGAGUGGGGAGUGGAAGCCAUCACGUACCUGGUGCAGGCCGCCUUCCAGUACCAUCACAACAAUCCUUGUCUUGUCACUGAGGCUCGAGAACGUCUCCUCCUGGAGCCUCUGUCGGAGCUGUGCGGCGUCCGGCAGUGUGACGUGAGGGCCCGGCAGCUGGAGUGCGCCGCCAGGCUGCUGCACUCCCGCGGGGACCAGCUGGGGGCCGCCUGGCCUCUCAUGAUGGAGAUCAUCUCCGCUAUAUCCUCACAUCACAGCGAGCAGUUGAUCCGCUCGGCGUUCCAGUGCGCGCAGGUGGUGGCGGGCGACCUGCUGGGCUGCGCCGGCCCGCGCUGUCUGCGCCAGGUGCUGGCCGCCGCCGCCGCCUUCGCCACGCAGACCAAGGAGCUCAACAUCAGCCUCACCGCCGUCGGACUCAUGUGGAACAUAUCGGACUACCUGUACCACAACCGCGACAAGCUGGUGGCGGCGCUGGCCAGCGACGCGGCCGUGUGCCCCGAGCUGCCCCAGCACGCCGCGCUGCCGCCGCUCGACAAGCUGUGGAUGUGUCUCUACAUCCGCCUCAGUGAGUUGUGCACAGAGGCGCGUGCACCCGUGCGGCGCGCGGCGUGCCAGACGCUGUUCAGCUGCGUGGGCGCGCACGGCACGCUGCUGAGCGCGCCCGCCUGGCGCGCGCUGCUCGCCGUGCUCUUCCCCAUGCUGGACCAGGUACCUGUACUUUCAUUAACACGCCGGUGCGGCGCGCGGCGUGCCAGACGCUGUUCAGCUGCGUGGGCGCGCACGGCACGCUGCUGA